AUGUAUGCAGGACGCAAAAGAAGAAAACCAGUGCAAAGAGCUGUGAAAGCACCCCCGGCCGAAGGGUCGAAGUCAAACCCGUCCAAACGUCACAGAGAUCGCUUAAACUCCGAGCUGGACCGGUUGGCCAGCCUCCUUCCGUUUCCAGAGGAGGUCACCAGCAGUUUGGACAAACUCUCCAUACUUCGUCUGAGCGUCAGUUACCUGCGUGCUAAAAACUUCUUUUCAGUUGCACUGAAAAACCACAACUGCAAAGAUUUAUCAGCGAAUGACGGUAACCAUGACAACAGUAAAGCCAAAAAAGAAGAAUGGCUUUCCGAGGGAGAGCUCCUACUACAGGCUCUUAAUGGCUUCGUGCUGGUGGUCACCUCUGAAGGCAUCAUUUUCUACUGUUCUCACACCAUCCAAGAUUACUUAGGCUUUCACCAGACGGAUGUGAUGCAUCAGAAUGUGUUUGAACUCAUCCAUACCGAAGACCAGCAGUCCUUCAGAAGCAACCUGCACUGGGCCCUAAACCCUCCGCCGGCCAACAUCCAGACCGAUGAGUCCCUGCAAGAUGGAAAUCCAGCAGUCCCGAGUGUGUCUGUGGUGGCGUGCAGCCCGGACGAGCUUCCACCCGAAAACUCCUCUUUCCUCGAAAGAAGCUUCGUCUGUCGAUUCCGUUGCCUCUUAGACAACUCCUCGGGAUUCCUGGCCCUAAACCUCCAAGGACGUCUAAAAUUUUUACACGGUCAGAACAGACGCAUGGAUGAUGGAGGACAGAUGCCUCCCCAGCUCGCGCUGUUCGCCAUAGCGACGCCCCUACAGCCUCCCUCCAUUAUGGAGAUCCGAACCAAGAACAUGAUCUUCAGAACCAAGCACAAGCUGGACUUCACCCCAAUGGCCUGUGAUGCAAAGGGUAAAAUUGUUCUUGGCUACACAGAGGCGGAGCUGAGGGUUCGUGGUACAGGGUACCAAUUCAUCCAUGCGGCUGAUAUGCUUUACUGUGCUGAGAACCAUGUCAGGAUGAUCAAAACUGGAGAAAGUGGUCUGACUGUGUUCAGACUGCUUACAAAGGACAAUCGUUGGAAAUGGGUACAAGCUAACGCUAGACUCGUCUAUAAGAACGGCAAGCCUGACUACAUCAUUGCCACUCAGAGGCCUCUUGUGGAAGAAGAGGGUGGGGAGCACCUGAGGAAACGAUCCAUGCACCUUCCCUUUACCUUUGCAACCGGAGAGGCUCUGUUGUACCAAAUCAGCUACCCCAUGCCAGGCAUCCCUGACACCGUUCAGGGUAAAGGGAAGAGCGGCAAAACCAAAAAGAGUAAGGGGGACAAAAGUGGGAAGGAUAAUGUGGACCCCAGCUCUCUGCUUGGAGCCAUGAUGAGACAAGACGAGUCUGUUUACGUGUGUCAGCCUGCAAUGGAGCCCCGAAUGUCCUUUCACAGUAGCCUCUUUAGCAGCCAAGGAGAAACUAGCACUUUUUCAUCUUCUGCAGGGAAUGAUAACUGGAAUCCGACACAGAAUGGUGUAAUUGCCUGCUCCAAACAAGACCCAACAAGUUUUGACCCACUACUUGCCAUAUUAGACUCUUUGUCCCUGGGAAAUGAAGAGAGCUGCUCCAACAGCGAGCUAUUUAAUGCCCUGGAAAACCUCGGACUCAAUGCGGAGGAUCUUGAAUUACUUCUUUUGGAUGAGAGGAUGAUCCAGGUGGACAUGGAAUCUGAUUAUAUCCCAUCUCUGAACGAUCUUCUUACCAACAAUGAAAUCCUUUCUUACAUCCACGAUUCACUAGAGAACCGUCUUGAUGACACUGCAGGUGGUGUUUUAUUACCUCCCACUGAAGUAGAUACUCCUGAACCAUCUAAGCUCUGUCUACCGUCUACUUCUGACUCAGCUGCUGAAGUUACUCCCUCCAUGCCUGCAAUGUACACACCUUUCUGGCCACCGAAACUUCCAGCACCCAUAAUUCAGCUCUCACAACAGAUGCAACAACAUCUCAACGGCCAUUGCAAAACCGACAACUGGAUCCCUGCACCGAUGAUGCCUCCUAUAUCUGAAACUGAGACCCCUGCAUCGUUUCUUACCCAGCAAGACACCUUGUUGGUAAAUUCGGUACAAGGUGUCAACAAUGAUCACUGGGCCCCCGAACACACACAAACCAACUUGAACAAGUUGUCUCCACUUGGUGACAAAAUAACAGGACAAAAUCAGAUGCUAGUCCCAUUCCAAUAUAAACAGAAACCUGCUGAGGGUGGACAAGCCUCUACAAACGGGAUCUACAGUUACCCCCAAUGGCACGGAUUCAACUGCACAGACCUUAGCACAAAUGGACCUUGUUUUCCUAAUGGCCAGACAUCACAUAUACACAAUGCAAUGGGUAACCAUGUCAUGUAUGAUAUGUCCGAUGGUUCAGGGGUGGAGUUAACACUAAACAAUAGUUCAGAUGUGGAGCAGUUUCCAGGAGUCAUGGCGUCUUCCUCAUCCUAUCAGCAGGAUCAUGAGAAACAUCAGCAGCCAAAGGUCCCACCCACUUAUUACACCACCUGUACCAAACAAAACUCCUCACUAGAUCAAAUUCUGGAUUUAACCCCUUCUCAGACCUUCCCCUCAUUGACAAAUUAUGGCUCUAAUCUGACUCACGACACCACUCACAGUAAGAUGGAAACCAGCUUCAUUCUCAACCCCACUAGUGUUGCUUACGCAGGAAGCUGUCUGAUUCCCAAUGGCAACUUGACGACCACAUCCAGCAACGGUCCCUGUCCCCUUUCUGAGCCCGUACCACCUACGCCAGACCCUCAGACCACCGGUUUUUACCUCUGAUCAGAGUCAAAUAUCCAUCCGAAGAGAUGCCAUCAAUCACAAAGGACUGUCAGAACGACAAAAGUACACAGAGUUCUUUUUAAUUUUGUUUACUUGAAUUGCGUUCGUUUUUAUUUAUAUGAAAUGAGCCAGAAGUGUAACUGGAAGAUCAAGUACCUAAUAAAAUCACCCAAUAUAAUCUGAUAGCACUCUUAUUAUUAUAUUUAUUAGGAAAAUGUUGGGAUAAUUUCAUUAAUGUUAUUGAUAACUGAUGGUUUGUGAGAUGCAGUGAUGUGUCUAGGUUGACAGAUGCAGUUAAACCGGAUUUAGUACGAUCGUUGUGGUUACGUAACGUUGGCCGCCAUUUAUUGGCUCUCAUUCAUAAAGUCACAAGCACACUAUUGCAUUGUGACUAUUUACGUAACAAUGACACAUGAAGGACUGUCGAAAUCAAUUUGUUUUGCUCUUGUUUUAUGAAUGAAGCCUCGUUGUCUGUAAAUCACGUCAGGAGCGCGUGCAGUAUCUAGCUCUUAUGAAACCGAUUGUUCUGAAACGCAGUAACUAAAUAAGAGAUUUAUGUGAACGGAAGAUUGGGAUGCAUAUUUAUUCGGAAAUCAAGAGUAUUAUGUUUAUUAUAACAUCAUAAAUAACGAUUUAGGGAAUAGUUAUCAAUAAUAAAGCAGUAAAAAGUUAGAUUUUGUCAUUCAGAAUAAACAUCUUAUAUGCACUCGCAGGAAGGAAAUGCAGGACUUUGGCAUUAAGAUGCAAAUAUAACUUCUUUAGACGACACUUUGGUCUUUUUGAUCUAUUGAUCAGCUACAUUUUAUGAGGUUUGGCACCCCUAUUUUUAGAUGCAGUUGAUCAUGCCUGAACUCGGAUUGAAAAAAAUAUUCAUUGAAAUGAUAAAAUCACAAUUUGUAGAUUUUUAUUGAGUAGUUUUGUCUCAAUUGGAGUGAAAGUUAAUAGCAACACCGAGAAUAUUUCACAAUUUUUAACCCCAAAAGUACAAAUUUGCUGUACUCACCCUCAGGGCAUCCAAUAGGUUGACGUCUGUACCUGGCGGCCAUCUUGUCACAGUCAGCUCGCUUACUCGUAGCAUUGUGUUUUAAUGGUGCAUGUACUUUUUAAAUAACCAUAACUUGCUUAUUUUUCUACCGAUUUUCAAACUGUUUGGUUUGUUAUAAAUGUAAGAGAGUACUUAUGUCACUGCAUACUUAUGAAUAAUGUUCAUGAAACAUGUUCAUAAUCAUAGCCACGUUAUUAAAGUUCGUAAGAAACCAAACGAUUUGUAAAUCCGUCAAGAUUUCAGCAAGAUAAGAGUAUUUGUGCAGAUCACUCGCCUUACAUCAGGUACCACAGAGCUCGCCGGAAAGCUUGCCUGUAACAAGAUGGCCGCCAGUGAUAACGUUAAAGUCUCCCCCGUUACGUCUAUAUGUCACCAGGAGUCGUGGGGAUUACGUUUGUAUUGGAUAUAUCUUCUUUUGAAGUCUCAAAGUGGUGGAAACCGUUGACUUGCAUUACGUGGAUCACAGAGCACUGGGGUUUCUACAAAAUAUCAUUUUUUUGUUUAUUGUUCCACUGAAGAAAAAAUGUCACCAACUUAUCGGAUGGCCUGAGGUUAAUAAACAUCAAAUUUAUUAUUAACUAUCCCUUUAACUUUAUAAAUUAUACCUCCAGUGUAUUAGCAAUGAAUUUUAAAAAAACAGUUUGUAGAAGUGUUUUUUUUUUGUCGUAAAAACGAUAUUCUGGAAACCUAAGACACUGAAUGUGUUGAGUAUAUUGUAAAGCAGAUGAAAAAAGAAGAUUUCAUGGGGCUUCAGUGUGUUUUAUUAAUAAAUGUGUUAAUUGAUAAUAAUAAUAUUGUUCAUUUAAAUGAAAUUACCACCGUUUUUUACUAUGUUCUUACUUCAAGAGAUGAAUUACUACAUACCUAUCUUUUUUCAAUGCGUGCACUUAAUCUUUAUACAGCGCCUCGUGAAUGUGUUAGCAUUUAGCCUAGCCCCAUUCUUUCCUUAGGAUCCAAACAGGGAUGAAUUUAAAGCCACCAAACACUUCCAUGUUUCUCGUUUUUAAAGACUGUUACAUGAGUAGUUACACAAGUAAGUAUGGUGGCACAAAAUAAAACGUGGUGAUUUUUUAAGCAGAUAAAAAAUUUGAACUAUAUUGUAUGGCGGAAGAGCACUUCGUUUGCAGCACUUCGACUUCGGAUGCAGUAAUAUUGAUGGUUUUUAUCUGCUUUAAAAAUUGCCAUGGUUUAUUGAGGUUGAGGUAAGAACAUAGUAAAAUAUUGAAAAACUGUGGUGUUUUCCUUUAAUGAAGUCACAAUGGAUUUUCAGGACUGCCUCUUUGUUUUUGUUUUUUAAUAAAAUUGUAUUUACAGACAUUUCUAUAAGAAGUACGGUAAGAAUGGCUCAAAUCGUAGCUAUGGAAUUGAUUAUAUCUACAUACAUGAUAAAACCAUAUUAGCAUAUGGAGUACGAUCUACAAAAUGUUUAACAAGUACCAUUUGUAAAUAAUCUGUUUAUUUUAUAUUGUCGUGAGCACUGUUUUAAAGAGCACUAGGUUUUACUUGAUCUCCGACACGAGAUGUAGACGUGUUUGGAGUAAAUAUUUCCUUUUUGGUAUUAUUUUCCGCUUUGUGUUUUUAAAAAGAUGUUUUACACUUUAAAAUGAAAAGAACGUGGUGCCAUACUGCUCAAUUUUACUCCGAAUUUAAAUGUAUUAUUGUUUAAAAAAUGUUGAUGCCCAUGUUUUUUUAAAGAAAAGCACAUUUGGAUUUAUUUUAACACACUGGAAGUAGUGAAUAUAGUUACAGAUGAAGUUCUGUCCAUGUUGAAAUGUACAAUUUGGUCAUUUGAUUAAAGAAUCUGUGCAAUCACA